CUUGCUUUCACGUUAAAAUCCCAACAUCACUAGAGUGACAUUUCGGGAAAAAUAUUGACCAAUUUUACAUUAUAGCAGUUAAUAAUAUGUUCAAAUGCAUAAUAAAUCAUGUCUAUUUUGUGUUUGAAAUCAAAGCAGCGAGCUAACACAUGCAUAUGUGAUGUUUUUAGAACGUCAUUUCUUUUAAUUUUAAAUAAUAAAGAGGGAAGCUGCUACUCGUCUUCGCUAACUUUUUGCUGGUGACGAGCUUAGCUAGGGGAGAGGAGCGUUUGAAGAAGGCAGCGCACGUUUAACCAAGUAAAGUCAAGUUUGAGCUCGACGAGUAGGUGGCAACCUGGAAGAAAGAAAGCAAACGGAUAGCACCAGCAACUUGGCACCAUCUAUUCUCUCCCCUGGCUCCCUGUGUUUUAUCGAAUCACCCAGUCAGUGCGUCAUAUCAUUAAGUCACCCAGUGCCUCAUUUCAAAAACUCCAUUUUCAACUUUGCAAAAAAAAAAAAAAAAAAAAAGACACCCACACCAGCAAGUAAGCUGUACUACUUUUUAAGCUACACCACUCAUUAGGCCAUUGGAAAACUGCAAAAACACACCUCCGCACACCUUAGCUGACACUAUCAUGGCCUCCAUCAUCAAGUUGUCUGAACCGGAGAUCGCUGACAACCACCGGGACAGCUGGGUGGCGCUCCUGGCCGCCGCUGACACAUACUGCCAAAAAUCUGGCUGCGAACUGGCCAUUCUGACGGCGUGCAAAAAGUUUCACUCGUCAGCGUCGCAGACAGACGCCGCCACGAAGAAGUGGGAGACCGGCGGCGGCUUUCCCAGGGACUGCGAGUUCUCCUACAGCGUUUGGGGGCAGGGCUUCCUAGCCGAAUCUGCGCGACGCUACGUGGACGACAUUGGCGUGCUGCACUCCACCACUUUGUUGACGGCGCACCGGCACACGCGCCACCCCGCCAUCCGGCUGGCCGUGGCACAGGAGGAUCGCACACAGAAGUCGACGGGCGACAGCGUGUCGGGUGGCAUGAGCCCCGAUGCCCGCCUCUACUCUCAGAAUUACCCGUCCAUUUACAGCAGCUCAGGAGGUGCUCCGGUUCACGGCAAUGACGGCGAACGUGACAGGAGCGCCACCGAGCUUGCCCGGCAAGGCGGGCGGUGCUCGGGCAUCGCCGACCUGGAGGAAGAGUGCGAGGACGAUGAGGAAGACGAAGAGGACGAUGAAGACGAAGAGGACGAGAAGCGAGCCUUUGGCAACGAGAGUGCAGGCGUGUUCUCCAUGGAUGAGGAAUCGUUGAUUCGUGACUGCGAGCCCUUCUUUGAGUCUGAUGGUGAGGAAGAGAGCACCGACGGCUCGCUGAGCGAAGAGGCACCGGCGCCUGCACGUGGAAUGGCCGUAGGCCACCACAUUGCGUCCCGGCAGACCCACUCCAUGGCGCUGGCCCGCUCUCUACCCGUCUCGGUGCCUGUGUGGGGGUGCAAGACGGGACGGGCAGCGCAGGGGGAAGGCAACAGCGGAGAACGGGUGGGAUGCGCCGACCUGGAGCACAUCGCCGCCAGCAUGAAAGCCCUACUGGCCCCCGGGGCCAACGACGGGACCGAAAUGUUUGGGGCCCUGCCUCGGCCCCGGGUCAACACUGGCGACUUCUCGCUCAAGCACUGAGUGCCAGCCAUACACUAUGUGUGAAGAAAAAAAUUGCACCUCCAUUCAUCAUCGCUCGCUAAUUCAAGGAGGUAAUGCAACACUAAAAAAACCCAACCAAAUUGACCUUUGUAGGUUAAAAUGUGAAAGCUUGUGUUGAAAGCGUGGGCGCACCAGCAGCACCUCAUCUUUCCUAACGUACUUAUUUGCCUCUUUGUACUUGACUCGUCGCCAACCGAUGACUGACUCAUCCAGUGAUUGUACUUGAGAUGUGUAUUUGUUUUUUUUUGAAGUGAAACAAUGACUGAGAGGGAAAAGUGGGGACUCAAACAAAAAAAAUAAAGAUGUCCGAAUGACGUUU